AGUAUAAGGAGACUGCAAGCUGUCACAGGGGAUAAUGCUGCACCUGCACCACUACAUGUAGCUGGCCAGAUGGAUGAAACUGCAACAGCAAAUGAUGCCUCACAAAUGGACGACACAGGCUCAAAUAACAACGUUGCAGAACAGCAGGAAUGCCAUCUUUGUAGCUGCAGGCGUGGUGAAAUUAACCGUUUGUUGGAGGAGAACAGGAGACUGAAGGAAGAGCUCGCCCAAAAGAGAAUGGAUGAGGAUUCUUUUAAAGAUGAUGAUGCUAAGGUGAAGUACUACACUGGGCUUCCAUGUCUUGCGCUUCUGAUGGGUGUGCUGACACAGCUUCUUCCCUGCCUGCCACAGACUGGCCGAAAACUCUCACCUUUUCAAAUGCUCCUUUCAACACUUAUGCGCCUCAGGCUGAAUCUCCCAAUUCAGCACAUUGCAUACCUCUUCUCUGUGGAUCGAAAGACUGUGUCCACCACAUUCAGAGAUACCAUAGGUACAAUGUUUAGACAUCUCAAACCCUUGGUGCACUGGCCGGAGAGACACUGCUUACACGCCACCAUGCCACAUCAGUUUGUAGAGGCUUUUGGCAAUCGAGUAGCAGUUAUUGUGGACUGCUUUGAAAUUCGCAUUGAAAGAGCAUCAAAUCUCAAAGCUAGAGCACAGACAUUUUCCCACUACAAACACCAUCACACCCUAAAGUAUCUCAUUGGCAUUACACCACGAGGCUCUAUCUCUUUCAUUUCCCAAGGUUGGGGAGGUUGUGUCAGUGACAAACAUGUGACUGAGAAUAGUGGCCUUCUUAAUAAACUAUUACCUGGAGACUUGGUGUUGGCAGAUCGUGGAUUUGACAUCAGAGACAGUGUUGGACUCGUGUGUGCAGAAGUGAAAAUACCUGCAUUCACAAGAGGACGCAGCCAGCUGGAUGCAAAAGAUGUGGAGGAAACACGCCGGAUAGCUCACCUCAGGGUCCAUGUGGAGAGGGUGAUUGGAUGUGUACGCACAAAGUACACCAUACUGAAUGGAAUUGUACCAGUCAGCAUGGUACUCCCAUGUCAAGGUGAAGACAUGACGUUCCUGGACAAGAUAGUGACUGUAUGCUGUGCCCUGACUAAUAUGUGCCCCAGCGUUGUCAUGAAACCAUAAACUAUGGCUGUCUAAUUAUUUGACCACAAUUAAUCACAUCCAAAAAAAUCAAAGUUUGUGUUUAUCAAUGUUUGUGUACUGUGUAUAUCUAAGUGUGUAUAUAUAUAAAUACACAUGCAUGCGUGUAUAAAUAAGAAAUAUUAAUGUGUAUAUACUGUAUACACACACAUGUAAAUAUGUAAACACGCAUAUCCUGCAUUAUUAGUGUUAUGCAUAUUGCAUACCACCUGUUACAAUAAUAAACAGUGAAAUUGAUUAAUUUUGUAUCGCUUUAUUUGUGCAUCAUAACACACUGACGUAAAUGUGUACAGUUUAUAGCGAGGUUAUUCAAAUCUUACCCUCGAGGGCCAGUGCACUGCAGAGUUUAGCUCCAACCCUGAUCAAACACACCUGAGCAUGCUAAUCAGUGUCUUCAGGAUCGUUAGAAAAUCACAGGUAGGUGAGAGGGUUGGAGCUAAACUCUGCAGUGCACUGGCCCUCGAGGGUAAGAUUUGAAUAACCCUGGUUUACAGUAACGCAUAUAAAACAGGUAAAGGGGCAGUGUAAAACAAAAGAUAAUUAGGUAAACAAGUAUCAAGACCACAUGUAAGGCAAUAAGUAAAAAAUUAAAUAGAAAAACAAUUAUUUAAUUUAUACAUUAAGUGCACUUGUAGUGCUAAUACAAAAGGAGUAACGUGUAACAACAGUCUAACCUUCAAGUAUCAAGAAAAGAUAAUGCAAUAAGUUGAAGUUAAAUGGAAAAACAAUUAAAUUUAGAGGUUCAGUGCAAGUGUAGUGCA